AUGGCUGUACCCUUGCCUCCACCUCCUCCUGAGGAAUUUAAAAACACUGCAGCUGUUGAUAUGAUCUCCUCAAAACCUCAUCUGUUCCAGUUUAUUACACCCAUCAAUGUUGACUGCUUCAAGGAGCUCUUAUGUGAUCAUCCUAACUGGAAUUUCAUCCAGUCUAUCUACUGGCCCUCUUUAUGGGAUAAUUCUUGUCACCCCUUAAAAUCUGCUGAAGAAAUAGUGUUCAUUAAUGCUCAAGGUUGCUUCUCAAAAGAUUUUGGACUGAACCUUCUACCAGGGGUGUACUCAAUGCCUAUACACACUGUGCUGAAACCUGGGGUUGAAGAAUUCUGGCUGGUCACUGAUCAUAGCACUGGGGAAUAUGCACUGAACAAUAUGAUCAGCCAGGCACUCUGUCACUACUGCCUCACUCAUCCCUUAGAACAUUUGGCUGUUGUCACUGUAGGGUCACACUGUUAUGUUGAUUGUUGCAAUGUCUUUGGAGGAUGGGCAUUGCAGUGCCUCUGGCAUGGGUUCAUGUCAUUAGUCCUUUGGAUCAUCAUCUUCAAACUCCUUGUCAUUUAUAGCUUCCUUUAUGUUGAUGAUUCAUUUGGGUUUGCACCUGAGUCAUUGACUGAAUGGUAUCAACCCUAUUCUAAAUCGCUUCCAGGCCCACUCAUAACUGUUCUUCAUCUGUGGGAUUCACUUGGCAUUCCACAUGAGGAGAAGAAACAACUCUCAGGUUUGGUUCUCCCUGUUAUCAGUUUUAAGGUUGACCCUAAUCUCAUGCAGGAAUGGCUCCUUGACCAGGUCCAUUCCUUUGCACACCAGGGGACUCAACACUCACUUUGUGAUUUUCAAUGUCUUGCCAGCUACCUCAACUGGGCUCUAAAUGUUUAUCCCAUGCUUCAUCCAGGGCUCUCUGCCCUCUAUGCUAAAACAGCUGGUAAAGAAAAUGUGGGAGCUCUUUUGUGGGUCAACUGCAACCUAGUUCAUGAGCUCCAAUGGUUUGCCUCACAUAUUGAGAUGUCUGAUGGCAUCUUUUUCCUCUCUACUGUAUCCUGGACUCAUUGCUGUCUUCCCACUUCCACUUUGGUGGCUCUCACAGAUGCCUCUGAUGAUGGGUUAGGUUUCUGGUUUCCAUCCUUGGGUUUGGCCCUAGUUGUCCUGGCUGUGAUUCAAUAUGCCAUCCAUUUCCUGCCACAUGGUGGAUGCAUGGCUGUAUAUACAGAUAACUUUAACUCCAUGUCAAUGUUCAAUACCCUUGCAGCCCUCCCCCACUACAACUGGAUCCUCCUCUCUGCCAUUGACACUCUCCUCACUCAUGACCUUGAUUUCUGUGUGUUUUACAUCCCUGGUCAAGAGAAUGUCAUUGCAGAUCACCUUUCUCAUGGGCAUGUGUCUGAUGCUGUGGCCCUUUCCCUGAAGCUUAGUGUUUUGGGUUUUACACCCCCUCAGGAUGCGCUGGGGGUUGCCCCUCACUGA